AGCUGAAGUUCGGCAAAGAUCUAUGAAAGUUGACGUCAAACUGAAGAAACCUAGGCUCGGGAGAUCAGAUGGGUCUUCGAAGUCUUCGACUACUCCAGGUCAACUUCCUCUUUCAGAACGACGGGAGGCCUCUCGCGGAUCGAAAGAUCGCCAAAACAAAUCGAAAUCGCGCGACACGCACGAUGCAAAGCAUCACCCUCCUCGAUCGCAUCGCGCUGCUGUGCCUAAAUCUGCAGAUAUCCGAAAGGCUCAACCAACCUCAUCUGCGAAAGUUUUGGAUCAAGCGAGGAAAGUCACACAGCCUAAUGAUGAUGCACCCCACGGGGAACUUUUAGGCCUUCUCAUCGAAACCCUUGCGUUUUCGCGUGCCUCCUCACUGCCCGCUACUGCGAUAUGGCGCGAAGUGCGUGCAGCGCAUCCCGCUGCUUUUGCUAAGGGUCCCGAAGAUGUAUCUACAUCGGAAGAUGAGGGAGGACGCAAGAGAAUUAGCGAUGAUGAGGACACCGAGGGCAUGGGCCCUGUCGAGGAGCUUCUCGAAUGGGGCAUUCGACAUGGCGUGUUUGGUCGCAUUGAGAGUAGCGGAGAGAGUCUUCCCCCGUCCUUCUUCUACAUUCCGUCUGGGGACCCCGAUCCUGAACGUGCGGCUCUGCUGGAAUCGCUCGCCCCGCGCCCUGCGAAGCGCGCAGAGACGAUGAAGUAUAAGCAGUAUUAUUGGCGACCUGUCACCGUCACACGAGAACGUGACGGGCGGAGGAUGAGGAGCGCGAGGCAUGAGGACACGUCGCAGAACAAGCGCGUGUGGGACGUAGAUUGGGAAGAGUAAUUGCCCUCCUUUGCCACGCCUUGGCGAAUUUUCUUCGUGCUCCCCAUGGGCCUCCUGCAUGAUAUGUUCUUUCUUUUAUCACUCUUACGGCACUCAUCAUUUUCUCUGCCUUUUUUUUGUCCCAAAUCAACAUUCGGCACUCUUCGCCAAUCCUACGACACGCGACGUCAGAAGUUUCUCAAGUAUUUAUUCCUUCUAGUUAUGCACACGUCCAAUCCACUCGCCACUCCGAUUCAGACUGAACUGUCCCCCGCGCUCGGCAUGGCCCUUUUUUCUUCUUUUCCUUCUGUCCAUGUCGCACUACCUUUUACGCACAUGAAGUCUGCCCGCAUUCACAUAAUUACGACACUGCGACGGCACAAUAAUGACUGCUUCGAUAGCACAAGCGCAACCUCGAAUUAAAUAACAUUUCUUGUUCAU